AACUGAUCUGAUCCGCUACGAUAACGGGGAAGCUAAUUGAGAUCGAUAAGCAAACCGGCGAAUCAAUCUCAGUGAUGAAAUAAUCAGCAAGAAAAAAUGGAAGAAAGCCUUGAAAAACAUGCGAAAUCUCUAGCAGCUCCAAUCAUAUUCGUCGUCAUUAUCGCUUUACAGUUUGUCUCCCGAUACCUAGAACUACACAAGAAGAAAGGAUCGCCGAGUGAGGCGGAUAUUCAGUUGCGCGCCGAGAUUAAGCAACUCUUAAAGGAGGCAAGCGCGUUGUCCCAGCCUUCAACAUUUGCACAAGCUGCUAAACUUAGGAGGAUGGCAGCAGCGAAGGAGAAGGAACUCACGAAAAAUCAAGAGUUGCACAGCAAGGAGAUGAAAUUGUCAUAUGAUUCAUAUGUAAAAUUUCUUAUGAUAUCAAAGGUUUUUACAUAUUUUGUUCUGAUUUUGUGGUUUUGGCGGAUUCCUGUUGCUGCCGUUUCUGAGCAACUUGUGCAACCCUUUGGGAAGAUAUUAUCUUGGAGAGCUGGAGGUUCUUUGAACGACAAUGUCAUGGUUGGGAUCAUACCUUGGUUGGUAGUAUCUACCAGAGUUAGCAAAUUUCUUUGUCGAAAAGUGUUCAAAUAGGAAGAACAAGGGAUUUUUUAAGUGGAGAAGGAUUCAGAGCAACCUUUUGUUCCUUUUUGUGUCGCCCUGUAUUUAUCUUCAUUGUCAUUUUUCAGUAAGCUUGUAUGUAGAUUCAGUUCAGUUUAGUGAUCGGAAGAAUCAACCUCUUGUAAAACCUUUUCUCUAUGUUUACUGUCCAAAUGGAAGAAUGAGGUUGACUGGUGUAUAUUGAAUUUUUUUUUUUUGUCGGGUACUAUUACUGGGGAGAGGAACAACGAGUUUCAAACCCGGGAUCUAGUCCAACAGGGAUGAUAGCCAUUAGGCCAACUGUUAACCUUGUUGUAUAUUGAAUUUAUAUGCAUUAAUUUUAUGAUCUUUGGAAUUUGACAUCUUCC